GAUGUUUUCUUUCUUUGUUGAGGAUUCUUAUGCAGCAUGAGAGAGCUGGUGAUAUUAGCAGCGCUGGUCUCGGCUUUACACGCAGCCAGUCUCCCAAAAGACAGCGGCGUGGAAUAUAAUUGCCAGGAAAAUCAGGACAACAAUGCCGUAUUAGCAGCCGAGCAGUUCAUCAAUGCACAUCACCACCAUGGAUAUAAAUUCAGGUUUGUGUCCCAGGACAGCCGCAGCGCAGAGAAGAAAGCUGAUUCUUGCGAAGUCGUCUUUGGAGUUACCUUGGAGGAAACCGAAUGUCACAUUGUGAAUCCCAAACCUUUAGAUCAGUGUGACAGGAGACUGGAAACCGAGACGAAAGUGACUGCCAAAUGUAACGUGACCGUCUCCAGUUUUGAGGGGAAGGCAGCGGUGAAACGCUACAACUGUGACACUGAACCAGCUUCACAUGAAGAUCUUGUGAAGAAAUGCCCCGACUGCCCCGGUCUUCUGCCCUUGCAUGAACCCAAGGCUCUGGAGAGUGUGAACGCUGCCCUGGCCAAGUUCAACAAACAGUCCAACCACAAGUCUUACUUUAAGCUGAUGGAAGUGGGAAGGAUCAGCUCACAGUGGAUGCCUAUGGGUCAAAGCUACUUUACUCAGUUUGCCAUUAUGGAGACAAACUGUACAAAAAAGGAUGCUCCGCAAAACCCAGAAGCAUGCAAGGCUUUAUGUGGAGAUCAGGCAACCUAUGGCUUCUGUAAGUCCAGUAAGGUUGGAUCUGAGGAACCAGAAGUGGAGUGUGAGAUUUACGAGGAUCAGAACUUCACUCAUCCCAUGCAACACCCCGCUCAGUCAAGAAGAGACUGCAAAUUUCAUGACCACCGCCCAGGGAGCGUUCACCCACUCGGGCCAGACCAUAGAGGACACUGGGACAAGGGUCAUGGUCACAGGGGACCUCCCGAGCGUGGAGACAAAAAACAUGAUCACGGGGGUCGUCCUGAACAUGGGGGUCGCCCAGAGCAUGCACAUGGAGACAAGGACAAAAAACCAGGACAUGGGGGUCGUCCAGAGCAUGCACAUGGAGACAAGGACAAAAAGCCUGGUCAUGAGGGUCAUCCUGAACAUGGGGGUCGUUCAGAGCAUGCACAUGGAGACAAGGACAAAAAACAUGAUCACGGGGGCCGUCCUGAGCACAGACACCAUGAUGACAAGGACAAAAAACAUGAUCACAGAUUCCAUCCCGAACACCCCUGUCCAAAAAGUCCAACAGGAGUCCCAGAGCCUUCACCAGAGGGGGGGCGCCAUGAAUUCCCGUGCCACGGCUAUGUAAAAAUCCCCCCCUCUAUUUAUCCGAUAUGCCCUUUCCCUCCGCCUCGUCUGUGCAGGGGCCCUCCAGACCUCCCCCGGCCCACAUCUUCUCCUAAACAGUAACUAAAACUGGUUUUAUCCGAUUUUCAUCCCAUGUUACUCAGUCUAAACAUUCAAUCAUUCAGUGUAAAUGUCUUCUGGAUGUUCAGUCAAUAAAUACUCUUGUCUGACGAG